AUGGUGAAACUCGGCCUUUAUCUUAAAGCUGAUCUCGAGAAUGUGACCGAGCUUGUGCCUGUCGAAGAUUACGAAUGGCACUUCAAGGUUGAAUGUGGAAGUUGCCGUGAAGUUGAUGAGUCUUGGAUCACUUUUAAUCGUCAAGAUUCAUAUGAUAUGUCUGGAUCAAGAGGUACCGCAAACUUGGUGAUGCGUUGCAAAUUCUGCAAGCGCGAGUCAACUGCGCAAUUUGAAACUAAUGGAAAGGUUGUACCUUACACCAAGAGUGGAGAGUUUCAAAAGAUCGCAACCUUUGACUGUAGAGGAUUAGAGCUCGUAGAUUUUUCUCCUAGAGAAUCAUGGGUGGCAAAGGGCAUAGAAUCAGAUACCAAAUUUGAAGAUAUCGACUUGUUGGAAGGAGAGUGGGCUGAAUAUGAUGACAAGUCCAACGAGCCUGUAGGAAUAUCUGAUAUUGAAAUCAAGUUCAAGAAGGAAAAGUAG